AUGAAUGUCCCAGAAGCGCCUAUCUUUCCACUCCUUGAAGGCAAGGUCGCCAUCAUUACAGGUGCCGCCCAGGGCAUGGGCAAGGCUACCGCUUCUGUCUUUCUCCGAGCGGGGGCUAAGGUAGUCAUUGCCGAUGUGAAGGCAGAGCAGGGAGCUCACGUCGCAGAGGAGCUCUCUGAUUUGGGAGAAGUCCGUUUUGUGGAGACCGACAUCUCCAAGUCAGAGGAUGUACAAAACCUCAUUAAGCAGACAGUGAGCGCCUUUGGCAAGUUGGAUGUGGCAAUCAACAACGCAGCCAUGUCUCCUGAUCAGACUCCCCUGAUUGACUUUGAUGAAUCAUAUUGGCGCAAAUUGAUGGAUGUCAGUUUGACUGGUACCGCGCUGUGCUGUAAAUACCAGAUGCAGCAGAUGGAAAAGCAGGGUUCAAAGGGCUCUAUUGUCAAUAUUGCUUCAAUCAAUGCCUAUUCACCACAACCGAAUAUGCCAGCAUACACUGCGGCUAAGCAUGCCUUGCUGGGCUUGACCAAACAUGCGGCAACUGAAGGUGGCCCUAAGGGUAUUCGGGUUAAUGCCGUUGCGCCGGGAGCGAUAUUUAGUGAAAUGUCGGCCGCGGCGUUGGAGAUUAUGGGCACCACACAUGAUGAGUUUGCGCUUAAGUCGCUUUGGAUGACUGCAAAAGCCAAACUGGACAAGGUUGACCAGAAGCUUCUCGACUUUGACAGCGACGAUGGUAUCAAGAGAACUCGACAAAACGAGCUUGAUAUAUUGGAAAGUCUCGAGAAAACUACUCGGGAAGCAUACGAUACAUGCAUUCACAAGAGAUGGCAGAUCAUCAUCCCAGGAAAAGGAAAGAAAAUUAUCAUUCGUGACCUUCUGAGCAAAGUCGCGCACUGGAUCGAGCUAUUCAAAUCAGUGGGCGAUCAGGUUGUACAGUAUGACCCAGGCCAUGCUGCCUUACCGUGGGCGGGAGCUCGAUUUUUGUUGCAGAUUGCUAUCAAUGAUUUCAGCAAAUUCGAUUUCGUUGUACAGGGAGCUGAAAGAAUUGCUAGAAUGACGGCACGGUAUAGAAUCAUCGAGCAGAUUUACACUGAGAAAGGUUCAGCUGCCUCGGAGCAGCUCAAGGAGGCCGUUGUGAGGGUGUAUAGCUCCAUCCUCAAAUACCUCGUUGAGGCCAAACGAUAUUUUGAACAUAGAACAGGAGUGCGGCUUUUAAAAAGUGGGCUUCUUGGCCAGAAUGAUUUCCAGGAACUUUUGGAGAAAAUGGAAGCAGACGAGAGAUUGGUCGACCGGUGCGCAAGCUUAGUUCAAGGUGAGGAGAUGGAGACCUUUCAUUCACUGCGAGAUACGCUCAGUCGGGUGGCACAGCCAAUCUCACGGUUAUCCUUCCACUUGAACAAGUUUGAUGAUCAUUUGGACAGUAUACAGCGACGACAGAUGUUGGACUGGUUGUCUACUCAGCCGUAUCUUGACCAUCACACCACGAUCAAACUGAGAGUUCUGGAUGGAACAUGCCAAUGGGUUCUGCAACAUCCAAGUUUCACUGAAUGGAAAAGUGAAAGCACCAACUCGCUGCUCUGGCUUCAUGGUGCCCAGGGUGCUGGCAAAAGCUGCUUAGCAUCGGUGGUCAUUGAUGAUGGAAUGAAUGUCUCUAGUCAGAUUGAAGACUUCGCUCACGCCUACUUUUAUUGUUCACGCAACACUGCCGAGCCUCAACGUGGGGAUACACAGAGUAUUCUUGCUUGCAUUGCACGUCAGCUUUCCAGCGCAUCUUCGAACCAGCCCCUUAACCCGGCAACACUUUCUCUUUACAGGAAAGUACACCUGACAGAUGGUUCUACGAGAGCUCCUAGUCUGUGGGAAUGCCGUGAUUUAAUCGUUGAUUUGACAGAAGCCCAUUCCGGGACCACUAUUGUGAUAGAUGCUCUGGAUGAAUGUGGUAGAGAGGAGCGAGCAGAACUUGUCGAGGCACUUGAGUAUAUCAUCGACAACUCCGCUAGUCUUGUCAAGGUCUUUGUCACUUCGCGCGAAGAGGGCGACUUGAGGUUAUCUAUCCAGGCGCACUCUGGGGUUCAGGUGACGUGGAUAGAGAAUGGGUCCGAUAUCGAGAAAUUUGUGAAUUUUGAGACGGACAGGCUUGUUGCAAAGAACCAGCUACUUGCCUCUAUCCGAGUCGAAGCGACAAAGGAGAAUUUGAAGGCAUUGAUCAAGGAAGAUACCAUUUAUAAGGCUAACGGGAUGUUCCGUUGGGCCCAAUUGCAGUUGCAGAGUCUUCGUUGGAUUCGCACCGAGAGGGACAUCAGAUUUGCUAUGUCGAAGAUCCCGCGUCCACUCGGCGAGCUAUACGAGGACCUCUACACAAAGGCACUCGAAAGCACCGAAGAAACAGAUCGGGCUUUGUUCCGAAACACGCUGAAAUGGAUGUUGUGCGCGACGCGGGUUUUCGGUUGGGAAGACUUCUCCCUAACUAUCACGGCCUUCGUGGAUAUUGAGGUAUACGAGAUUGAUGAAGACUUCAUCUUAGAUCUUCUCAGCAAUUUCGUGAUCUCACAGACAACCCAAGACGGAAACAGGACCUUCCGUUUCGCCCAUCUGUCAGUUCGAGAGUUUUUAGAGACAAAGCCCGAAUACUCCACGGAAUCUAGCAACACCUUUGCCGCCGAGGUAUGUUUGCUGAAAUUGCUCAAAGCUUCCGGGUCGCCCAGUGCAGAACAGUUUCUCGGCAAACUGGGCCUCAGUGAUAGAGAUACCGUAACUUUGUCAGAGAUUGACUCUUACAAGAAAGGCAUACAUGACUACUCCUUGCGAAAUUGGAAUGUACACUGUCUGCGCGCAGGGGAAGCAAAUCGAUCAAACGAGGAAUUACACAUUUUUCAUCUCUUGCGCUAUUUUCUUUUUGAUGACUCGGAUUCGGACUGUCCACUGAAGUGUUGGGUACAUUCUCGCCAACGCCGCAAAAUGGAAGGCGUACGUGGAUCGCACCUUCGGCAGCUAUUAGAGAAUUACCAUCGAUCCCGAGACCGGGGGGUUUUGCUUUCCUGUAUCUUCGGCUUCGUUGAAGUUCUUCACACCAAUCACUAUCAUGAGCUCGAUGAUGACGUUAAAGAAGCAUGUAUUCUGGCGGCCGUGAUACAUUCCCAGUAUCAUAUCUGGGAGUAUUUAAUGGGAGAAACAAAGGACCGCUUACUGCAAAAGCGCAUUUUGAACGUAUUAGUCGAAAACCACCAUAUCGAGCCGCUCAAAUUGUUCUUGGCUCUCAUAGAUCCUGACCUGAUUACCGGAUCGGUCAUUUUGGGUGCUGACUGUGCAGACAAGGAAACAAUUGAGAUGUUGCUUGAUCAUAAUAAAAAUCUCCACAUUACGACAGAGCUCAUUGAAGAAUCCAAGUUACCUUACACGGUCAUUGAAGCAAUUCUCAGCCGAGCCCCCGAUAUCAUAAUCACCUCUGAGAUACUCAAGAAUGCUAUAGACGACAUACCCAUUGAGCACCUGAGAGAGAUCCUUGACCAGAAUGGUGGAUCAAUCAUUACUUGUGAAGUUAUCGCAACGGCUGCCUAUUACGGUUCUAAAGACGGUAUGCGAGCCAAAACGAAGCUUUUGCUGGAAUACGCUGGACACAUCAAAGGGACCGAGAGAGCUAUGAUGCAAGCCCUUAGCUCUCGCGAAAACUCUGAGGUGAUUGAGAUUCUUCUUAAUCACGGUUGGCCGAUAACAGAAAACAUUAUGGUGAAAGCUGCAACAUGGGGAAAAGUCGCUCCUUUCGAGGUUAUGGUUAACGCUGGUGGCCCAAUUACAUCCAAAGUUAUCGCCGGUGGAGCACGAAAUGUCAGUGAUGGGGCUCGAAUGGUCAGGCUCUUUGUAUCCUUGAUGAACCGACCGUUAGAUGAUGAACUAUGGGUUCAAAUGAUGCUGCAAUGCGCCCAGAAUACAUGGGGGAAUCCCGAAACCCUUCAAGUGCUCCUUGAAAUGAAACCUGGUCUGAAGGUUCCAGAAGAGAUUUUGAUUGCUUGCACUGAAAAUUCCAUCAAAGGGAACGUCAUCCUGGAUGUCAUUCUGGGGGACAACCGGGAGAUACAAGUUACCGAUGCAGUGAUCGUAAAUGCAUUAAAUGAGCUGGACUACGACGAAACCAUAUCGAAACUUCUCGACCGACACAGCUCGACAAAUAUAUCGAGCCAGAUGCUACUUGGGGCUGCUCAGAACCGCCGAUUCGCAGAUGAAAUGACAAAGCUUUUAUUGCAGCGAACUGUAACGCUUGAACAGCCAUCCUCGGUGGUUGUUGACGCAGUCAUCCGUAAUCAGUAUUCGGGUUAUGAAACACUACGGAUGUUGGAGAGCCGUUUCGGACAGCUUGAUCUCUGCGAGGCGAAUGUGAAAACUGCGGCCGAGUCCGGCAAUCACGCUAUGCUGACCUUGGUAUUGGACCGAUGUUCAAUUACCGAGGCCACACCAUCUGUUCUGUUGGCCGCUGCGGCCAAGGGGAGUUUGGAGGUGAUGAAGCAUCUUUUGAAACUGAACAAUGCUGUCGUUACCCAAGAGAUUCUAAUUGGAGCAUCAGGAAAUUCCGGUUGUAGCAUUGACAUGCUCAGGCUGCUUUGGAAGUUUGCCCCACACAUCAAAGUGUGCCCCGAGAUGUUUCUGGAUGCUGCACAUCCGACGGAUGUUGAGUUUCUUUUUUCCAGGGUGAAAGAUUCCCAAUUGUGCCAGAAUAUUCUGAACGCAGUGUUGACAACAAAAAGGAUACCAAACGAUUGGCGUGAUUGGGUAUCUGUGCCUACACUAAAUCUCAUCCUCGAGAGCGAGUUUGAAAUUGCAGUGACCGAUGGACUUAUAAUCGAUACCUUGAAAGCCUGCCGGGGAUGGCUUUUGAAGACUUUGUUUGCCCAUCUAAAAGAUAUUGAAGUAUCACAGGUUAUGGUAAACACAGCAGUUAACCUAGCAGUCGAGCUGGAGGACUAUCGGCCCCUACAAGUAUUAGUCAAGUAUGGGAACUCGCAUGAAUUGAACCUGCAUGUUGCAAGAGUUAUGCUUGAUAAUUUGCUAUGGGGUGUUAGCGAGGAGUGA